AUGGAGAAAGAGAAGGGAGGAGAUGAGCAAAACACAAAACCAACAAGCCAAAACAAAAAAGUGAUAAUACAGAUACCAUCAUACCAAGAAGUAAUUGAAAGUUCACAAAUAAAACCACAAUCACAAGAAUCUUCAAUAUUUAAACCAUCACAAACUUUCUCUCAAGCUUUCUCCUUUAUUAAAAACUCUGAAUUCUACUCUCCUCCUCCACCUCCACCUCCACCUUCAAAAUCUGAACAUGGGUCUAAUAAUUCUGCAACGACAAGUGAAAAGGUUUCAUCUUCUCCAUUGGCAUCAACCACGUCACCUUCAGUGCAGAGUAAUCCGAGUCGCAAUGCAAUUCUUGUUAGCCAUAGACAGAAGGGAAACCCCUUGCUUAAGCAUAUUAGGAAUGUAAGGUGGGCUUUUGCGGAUGUUGCUUGUGACUACUUGCUUGGGCAGAGCUCAUGUGCUCUUUAUCUAAGUCUUCGGUAUCAUUUACUGCAUCCAGACUACUUAUAUUACCGUAUAAAAGAGCUUCAAAAGAACUACAAGCUUCGUGUUGUUCUAUGCCAUGUUGAUGUGGAGGAUGUAGUUAAACCUUUACUUGAAGUCACGAAAACAGCUCUGCUUCAUGAUUGUACACUAUUAUGUGCUUGGAGCUUGGAGGAAUGUGGUCGCUACUUGGAGACUAUAAAAAUGUAUGAAAACAAGCCUGCAGACCUUAUUCAGGGCCAAAUGGACACAGACUAUUCAUCACGGCUAAACCAUUCUCUCACCAGUGUUCGACAUGUUAACAAGACAGAUGUGGUCACACUUGGAUCUACAUUUGGGUCUCUUUCUAAUAUCAUGGAUGCAUCCAUGGAAGAUCUAGCUCGUUGCCCUGGAAUAGGAGAGCGCAAGGUGAAACGCUUGCAUGAUACCUUUCAUGAACCAUUCAAGCGUGUAGUUUCAAGCCAGCCUGUUGUCCCUGAAACCCCAAUCCAGAAAGACACCGAACCUUCCUCAGUCAGUGAAGUUGCAGACUCGGAGAAAGAAGAAGCAAAUGCAAACAAACGUAGAAAGAAACAACCUAAAUUAACUGUCAAAUCAGCUCUGUCUGCUGCGUUUGCAAAGUAUGCUAAGAAAUCGGGUAAUAAGAAUGAUAAAUCAGAAGGAGAGAAGGUCGGAGAAACAAGUACUGGCAUGGACUCAGAAGCUGAAACUAGGGAAACCUCUGAUGAAGGGGCCGCAAGUUAA